ACUGAGCGGCCAACGCGACGAAGGAGUCAUGAGUGGUCACGGGGCGUGUGCGUGCGUCGGUGGUCUUAUCGGCGAGCGAGCAAAGUCCGAAGUCUUGCGCCAUCGGAGGCCACGUUGCGCUCAGGCGGACGAGGAAGGAGGACGCGCGCUGGGGAAUCUCGGCGACAUCGCAGAUCCGUCUUCCAAAUGGCCGCCGACGCCCCGAGAGACAAGUUGCGGGCGGUGUGGCUGGCGUUCUUCGUUCUGGGCUUGGGAACGUUGCUGCCGUGGAACUUCUUCAUGACGGCCACCGCGUACUUCACCGGCCGGCUGAGGGAGUCGAGCAACGGGACGGCGGCGGUGGGGGCGGAGCCCGAGCGAAGCGUCCUGGAGGCCAAAUUCAACAACGUGAUGACCUUGUGCGCCAUGACGCCGCUGCUCGUCUUCACCUGCCUCAACUCCUUCCUCUACGCACGCGUUCCCGAAGGCGCGCGCGUGGCGGGCAGCCUGGCGCUCAUCCUGGCCGUCUUCCUGCUGACGGCCGUCCUGGUCAAAGUCCGGCUGGAGCCGGCCGCCUUCUUCGCCGUCACCGCGCUCAGCGUGGUCGUCAUCAACUCUUUCGGCGCCGUGCUGCAGGGGAGUCUCUUCGGCAUGGCCGGCGCCCUCCCCGCCGCCUACACGGCGCCCAUCAUGAGCGGGCAAGGACUCGCCGGGACCUUCGCCGCCCUGGCUAUGAUCUGCGCCAUCGCCAGCGGCUCCAGCGUCGAGGAGGCGUCCUUUGGCUAUUUCAUCAGCGCUUGCGUCGUCAUUCUGGUCUCCAUCUUGGCGUAUGCCGCGCUGCCAAAACUGGAGUUUUUUCGCUUCUACCGUCGGAGGAAGGACGAGCACAAGGACGACGUCGCUGUCAACCUCACCCGGACGGCAAGCGCGGGAGAAGGCCCGCUCGGGACUUCCGGCGUCUCCGUGGCGACCGUCUUCAAAAAGGUCGGUGGGCGCCGCCGCCGCAGCACGUCGCCGCACGCCGAUGUCACGCUAUCGUUUGCCCCCCCCCCGCAGCCUGGAAAGGACAGCCGGCUGCUUCCCGCGCUGGUGGCGGGCCGCGCGGCGCUGAUCCCCGCCUUGAUGUUGUGCAACGUGCAGCCGCGCCGUCACCUGCCCGUCGUCUUCCGGCACGACGCCUCCUUCGCCGCCUUCAUGCUGGUCUUCGCCUUCACCAACGGCUACCUGGCCAGCCUGGCCAUGUGCUUCGCACCCAAGAAGGUUCUUCCUCACGAGGCGGAGCGCGCCGGCUCCAUCAUGGCGUUCUUCCUGUCGCUGGGUCUGGCUUUGGGCGCGGCGCUCUCUUUCGCCUUCCGAGCUCUGGUUUGAGUCGGCGCCGCCCGCUCCGUUGGACGCCGCAAAGACUCGUCCCGGACCCAAACCGAGUCGAG